UGCUAGAAGCUAGAAGACGAACAGGAACUGAGAAACGUAAUUGUAAAUUCACAAACAGUUAUUCAGUUUCUUUUGAUUCACUCAGUUCGCAGUUCGCAUGCGGUAAUUCUCGAAAGUUGAGAAGAACAUUUUUAUUUUCUUCCCAAUCUGUUUCAGUGAUCGAAUAUAUUUUUCACUCCAACCUUAAAAGUUAGUGGUGAUAGCCGAAAACCUUAUUUUUAUUUGGAAUUUAGCACGAAUCGUACAAUAAAAAGAUGAAAACCUAGUUCCAUCAUAGUUUAAUUUUCAACCAGAACGUGCACUGCCAAUUAUAGCCAUGGACAGCUCUAAAAAGCCAACCAAAUCUAAUCCUCGGAAAGAUGCGAAUAUUUUAUCUCAAUUAUUAUUCGUUUGGGCAAUGCCCAUUUUGUAUAAAGGCUCAAAGAAAGGUCUAGGACAAGAAGAUCUUACAAAAUGCCUUAAAAAUGAUCGAUCUGAAGAUCUUGGAAAUAAACUUGAAGAUCAAUGGUUUAAGGAAGUAGCACGUGCCAGUCAUAAAGGCAGGGAACCUUUACUCAGGAAUGCAAUGCUUCGGACAUUUUGGUCUGCAUGUGUUGUUGAUGGAUUUAUAUGUCUGAUCUACAUUAUUAUUAAGUCAACUUUACCAGCGGUGCUUGCACAACUUCUCGUACAAUUUCAAGGCCCAUUGGAAUCAAAAAAUUUCGAAACUAAUAUGACAAUCUCAAAUCGCACAAGAAGAAGUAUUGGUGAUAGCAGUACAGGAAAUAAUGAUCUGGACAAAGGCGACGUAAAAACAGCCGACAAUAUCAAAGCAUUCAACAGUGAUGUGACGAGCAUGGAUGGAUUUAUGAGCCUAAUCGCUUACAUUUGGACAGACGUUUAUUCACUAGCUGCUAUUUUGAUUAUUGCAACACUUAUUGGUUGUUUUUUAAAUCAUCAUGUUGAUCUGAGACAAAGACUUUUAGGUGCUCGAAUGAGGAUAGCAUGUUGUUCAUUAAUAUACAGAAAGACACUUCGUUUGUCAAAAAAAACUGCGGGUACCACACCUGCUGGUUAUUUAGUUAACCUUCUUUCGAAUGAUGUAAAUCGUUUGGACUACGGUUUUAUUUAUAUACACUGGAUAUGGAUCCUUCCAUUUCAAUCGGUACUUAUUUGCUACCUUAUAUGGCAAAAAAUUGGUAUUGCAGCACUUGUGGGUGUAGUAGGCCUUCUCUUAAAGACAAUUCCUGUUCAAACAGGACUAAGCAAACUUUCUUCGAAACUAAGAAUGAAAAUUGCUUAUAGAACUGACAACCGUGUGGGAAUAAUGAAUGAAAUAGUACAAGGUAUACAGGUUAUUAAAAUGUACGCUUGGGAAAAACCAUUCCAAGCUGUAGUCGCUGAAGCAAGACGUCGCGAAAUCAAACAAAUUCGUUAUGCAUCAUACUUGCGUGGUUUUUACUUAAGUACCAUGGUUUUCACUGAGCGUUCUACAUUGUACAUAACAAUUGCCGCGGCUGUCCUCCUCGGACAAGGUAUAACAGCUGACGUUGUUUUUUCCAUGGCGCAAUAUUAUAACAUCCUUCAGUUGGUUGCAGCUAUAUGGUAUCCAUUGGCAGUAUCCUUUGGGGCAGAGGCACUUGUUUCAAUUAAACGCAUUCAAGACUACCUAAUGUUAGAGUCUCAUGAUGAAAAAACAAUUGGCCUAACACAAAAGACUGAUGAUUCUUCAGUUGAGAAUAACUCGAAGGCGAUAUUACUUAAAGAAAUUAAUGCAAAUUGGGAUAAUACCAAGGGAUCUAAUACAUUACAAAAGAUUAAUAUUGACAUAAGAAAAGGUCAACUUUGUGCGGUCAUUGGACCAGUUGGAGCAGGAAAAAGUUCUCUUUUACAAUUGCUGCUUGGGGAACUUCCAAUAAUAGAUGGGAAUGUUUUUAUUCAUGGUGAUAUUUCAUAUGCAUCUCAGGAGCCUUGGCUCUUUACUGGAACCGUUCGAAGUAAUAUUUUAUUUGGUGAAACAUAUGACAGAAAACGAUACAAUGAUAUAACAAAGUGUUGUGCGCUAGCAGCAGAUUUCGAACAACUGCAAAAUGGAGAUAAGACAAUUGUGGGCGAACGUGGAGCAUCGCUAUCUGGUGGUCAAAGGGCUCGAAUAAGCUUAGCAAGAGCUAUUUAUAAACAGGCACAAAUCUAUCUUUUUGAUGAUCCUCUAAGCGCUGUAGAUGCACACGUUGGAAAGCAUUUAUUUGACGAAGUUAUUGGGCCACGUAGUCGAUUAGCAAAUGAAAAAUCUACACGUCUUCUAGUGACACAUCAAGUUCAUUUUCUUACUGAAGCUGAUUGGAUUGUUAUUAUCGAGGAUGGCAAAAUAUCACGACAAGGAACUUAUAAUGAACUUGCGAAUAGUGAUUUAGAUUUUGCUAAAUUAUUAGAACGUCCAGAAACUGAAAAAGAUACUGAAUCCAGCAUGACCGACAGCCAAGAUUUGACUAUAUUCGAAGAAGACGACAUACCGUAUAUUGACGGUGUUCGUGGUUACCAAAUGCUUCGACAGCGUGCUAGCUCGAGUGCGAGCUCCUUUAAAAAAUCGACCAGUUCCGAUAAAGACCUGACUGAUAACCAAGAAAUUGCAGAAGAUCAAGCCGAAGGCGGGGUCUCUGGUAGAGUUUGGAUUGAGUAUUUCCGUGCUGGAGCCAGUGUAUCGGCAUUGUGUGUGCUUGUUUUUGUUAUGAUAUUGUCUCAAGUUGUUUGCAGUGGAUCAGAUUACUUUGUAAAUAUUUGGACACAACAGGAGUUCCUUAGGAACACUAACAAACCCACCAUGUUAACAACGUAUGAGUGCCUGUAUAUUUACGGUACACUUAUUUUACUUGUUGUUUUGAUGACAAUUUUGCGUGGUUUCCUAUUUUUUAAAGUGUGCAUGCAUGCCUCUAAAGUCUUGCACAAUCGUAUGUUUGGCUCAAUUUUGCAUGCUACAAUGCGUUUCUUCGAUUCGAACCCAUCGGGUAGAAUUUUAAAUAGAUUUUCUAAAGAUAUGGGUGCUAUUGAUGAAUUUCUACCGAAGGCCAUGAUGGAUUUCAUACAAAUUGCUUUGGUGAUGGUCGGUAUUCUAAUAUUGAUAACAAUUGUAAAUCCUGUACUGAUUGGAAGUCUAGCAAUUGCGGUUUUGGUAUACCUGUUGGUUUUAAAAAUCUACUUGAGGCCAUCACAAGAUUUAAAGCGCUUAGAAGGAAUUUGCCGCAGUCCAGUAUUUUCACAUCUAUCUGCAAGUCUUACUGGUAUUUCGACCAUAAGAGCUCGAGGCCUGCAAGACGUCGUAAUCAGAGAGUUCGAUAAUCUGCAAGACGUGCAUAGUGCUGUGUGGCAAUUAACAAUGGCUUCUAAUACUGCCCUUGGCCUUUGGUUAGACUGCAUAAGUUGUUGCUUCCUAACAACAGUGGCGUUCAGCUUUAUAUUGAUGCAUAAUCAAACAUUCAGCGGUAAUGUUGGCUUGGCGAUAUCACAGGCUAUGAUUUUAACGGGUAUGGUUCAGUAUGGAGUAAGACAGGUUGCUGAAUCCCUGCAACAGAUGACUAGUGUUGAACGUGUGCUUCAGUAUACUAAUCUUGAACAGGAAUGUGAAAUUGAGAAUAAACCUCCUGAAAAUUGGCCUACAAAAGGAAAUGUCCAAUUUAAAGACAUGUCAUUGCGCUAUGAUCCAAACGGUCAAGCUGUUUUAAAACAUUUAAACAUUAACAUCCAACCUGGAUGGAAAGUUGGUGUCGUUGGCCGCACUGGCGCUGGAAAGUCCUCACUUAUUGGCGCCCUGUUCCGUUUGUCUAAUAUUGAAGGUGAAAUCUAUAUUGACGAUAUUGAGACUGGAAGUAUAUCGUUAGAAUUACUUCGUUCGAAGAUCUCAAUUAUACCGCAAGACCCAGUUCUAUUCUCAGCAACAAUAAGAUAUAAUUUGGAUCCGUUUGGUCUUUAUGUGGACGCUGAUUUGUGGAAGGCUUUAGAAGCAGUGGAACUUAAAAUGUCUAUACCAAGUCUUGACUACAUGGUUACCGAAAGGGGAAGCAAUUUUAGUGUGGGGCAAAGACAACUUGUAUGCCUUGCAAGAGCUGUUUUGCGGAACAAUAAGGUUUUGGUUUUAGACGAAGCUACUGCUAAUGUGGAUCCACAAACUGAUGCUCUUAUUCAAAGAACAAUUCGGGUUAAGUUCAAGCAUUGUACUGUACUCACUGUUGCUCAUAGGCUUCAUACAGUCAUGGACUCAGAUCGAAUUCUUGUUAUGGAUGCUGGAUCUGCCAAGGAAUUCGACACUCCAUACAUACUACUGAAGAAUCCAAAUGGUGCUUUGAGGCAAAUGGUUGAAGCUACAGGUCCUAAUGAUGCAGACUAUCUUAAAAAAAUUGCUCGUGAUACAUUUAAAGCUACAUCGUCUGACAAAAACUAACGUGAUUUUUCUCGAUGUAACCUUAACAACUACUUAAGAUAUAUUUACUUAAUUUUGAUUGAGGUAUCUAAAUAUUUUUUUUUGAAACUAUAAGUUACUAAGUUGCAGUCUAUCGUAAGAAAAUAUUAGGUGAUUCAUAUACAAAAGUUCAUUGUCAAACUUCAAUUAGAACUGUUAUCUACCAUAAGUUCAUAGUAAGAAAACUAUUACUUAAUUUUUGUUUGUUUUUAUUUUUAUUCUUCCAAAACCAAAUACUUAAAGGUUUCUUAUUGAAAUAAACUGUUAAACUUUUUGCUCUGUGCCUUUUGUAAAGAUUUAAAUUAUCGCAUAUUGUUAUACUCGUAUUAAGAAAACAGUAAUAUAUAUUAAUUUGUAUACACCAAUUAAAAGAUAUAACAUUAUAAAUACAAAAUAUUUAUAUUUUUAUAAAAUACAGAUUUUUGCUACAAAAAAGUUACAA